AUGACUCUCUAUAGUCAGAUCUGGGCAUUGACAGAGAAGACGCUCAGAAUCGUCCUCAUUCGUCACAGCGUCUCCACCAUCUACAGCGCUCUUGUUCUUCCCAUCGUCCUUACUGUCUAUCUAGGCAUUGGCCAAAAGUUUACUCAGCCCAACGACAAAUAUGGCUUUGGAUCUCCAGCCAACAUCUUUUCUCUCGACAAUGCUCUCUCCAAAUCCGAUGGCGGCCGAAACACAGUCGUCUUCGUCAACAGCGGCCACACGGGUGGUGACAUAGAACGUGUUAUUAGCUCUGUUUCUAAUAUUGUCAAAGGAGCGGGCAAGAAUGCGACAACUAUACAAGACGAAUCCGACUUAGGGUAUACCUGCCGGAGCACUAUUCGCGGCACAUCAAACUGCUUCGGCGCUGUGGUCUUUUAUUCUUCUCCUGACGAGGGCAGCGACGGCUUCUGGAACUAUACUCUGCGUGCUGAUGCUGGCCUUGGGAACAGCUUCCUGACGGAUAAGGGCGACAAUGACGCCCAGAUAUAUGCACUGCCUUUCCAGCGUGCUGUUGAUGCUGCUAUUGCUGGCCUCAAGUCUGGAUCUUCUUUUCCUUCGACAACGCAGCAAUACGCUUAUACCGAAUUGACCGAAGACGAGCGCCAGGCUGAGGUCCGGCGAAAAUACCAGAGCUCUUUUAUCAGCUAUCUGAGUGUUUCUUUCAUAACCGGUGUGAUUGGCGUCUGCUAUCAUAUGCCCGGCUUCAUUGCUACCGAGAGAGAAAGGGGAUUAUCCCAGCUUAUCGACGCCAUGAUGCCCACAAGCCAAGGGUGGCACCGUCAAUUCGCCAGGCUCAUCUCCCAUCAUCACGCCUUUGCCUUGACUUACAUGCCAGGCUGGAUCGUGGCAUCUAUUGUUGCUAGAGUCACCAUCUGGACAAACACUAGCUUUGGUAUCAUGAUCAUCUUCUUCAUUCUCGGCGGCAUCGCCAUGACGUCCAUGUCCCUUCUCGGAGCAUGCUUCUUUAAAAAGGCUCAGCUCUCGAGCAUAGUGACUUCUAUCACUUGGAUGGUUCUGGGUAUAGUGGCCCAGGUUAUUCCACAUCCCAAUACUGCGACAGUCGCUGUCCUCAGUUUGCUCUUCACUCCGUGUAAUUUUGUCUAUUUCAUUAUAUACAUUGCUCGAUUCGAGCAAUAUGGACAAGCAACGAAUCUGAUACACCUACCGCCAGGCCACACUUCUAAUCUUCCUGGUAUUGUUCAUUGGAUCUUUUUCAUCAUCCAGAUGGCCGUGUAUCCAUUCCUUGCAGCUUUUGUAGAGCAAACUCUACACGGAGUGAGCACGGGUACUCGAUCGUCAACUGCUCUCGAAAGCCCUGUCGGCGGCGUCCAAGAUACGGUCCGUAUUGACAAUAUGACCAAAAUUUACAAGCCAAGUCUGAUUCGCAAAUUCUUUUCCUUUGUCUCGCCACCAAGGCCCGAGGUGGUCGCCGUGGAUAACUUGACAUUGAGGGCCAAGAAGGGCGAGAUUUUGGCAUUGCUUGGUGCAAAUGGCAGCGGCAAAAGCACUACACUUGACGCCAUCGCUGGUAUUAGCGAUUUCACCAGCGGUAAUAUCUCCGUCGAUACGUCCGGCGGUCUUGGAUUCGCUCCCCAGCAGAAUGUCCUCUGGGACGAGUUGACUGUGGAGGAACACAUCCGGCUGUUUAGCCGUAUCAAAAAUCCUCGCAAGAAAACUCCGGAUACUGAAAUUGCAGAAUUGAUCGACGCUAUUGGGCUUCGAUCAAAGGCAAAAGCUUGGUCACAGACUCUAUCAGGUGGCCAAAAGAGAAAGCUUCAGCUUGGAAUGAUGUUGAUUGGUGGAAGCUCUGUCUGCUGCGUUGAUGAAGUGUCUUCUGGCAUUGAUCCUCUGUCGCGCAGAAAAAUCUGGGACAUUCUCCUAAAAGAGCGUGGUUCGCGUACAAUCAUCAUGACGACCCAUUUCCUCGAUGAAGCAGACUUGCUUGCCGACAACAUUGCCAUCCUAUCCAAGGGAACAUUGAGGGCUGAAGGCUCCUCUGCGCAACUUAAAGACACUUUUGGUGCCGGCUACCGCAUUCAUGUACUCAACCCAAGGGCCCUAAACGCAGUGCCCGAUAUCGAAGGUGUCACAAAGAAGGUUGCUACAAACAACGUAACUUACAUGUCCUCAUCUUCAGACCAGGCUGCCAAGGUUAUCCGGGCUUUGGAAGCCGCUGGUAUCCCAUACAGAUCCUCUGGCCCAACCAUUGAAGAUGUCUUUCUUCACCUGGCUGAGGAAGUUCACGGCGAGGGCCUCCAGCGGCAACCCGAUGUCAUCAACGAAAAGGUUGCCAAGAUUGCAAGCGAUACGCCCAUCGCCGGCGAGAAUCUGUCAUUGCUCACGGGACGACAGAUCGGCAUGGUUCAGCAGGUUGGUGUACUUCUGAGAAAGAGAUUUACAGUGUUCAAGACGAAUUGGAUUCCUUAUGCGGCUGCGUUUCUAGUCCCCAUCAUUGCCGCUUCGGUUAUUCAACUUCUUGUUCGCAACGACGAUUUGGUUGGCUGCUCGCCCACGCAACGAAGCAGCCACUCAUCAAACAAUAAUUUCUUCAAGCUCUUGGAUACGGCCCAUCUGGCCGGCGGCCCAUCAUCUCAAUUUGGCAACUCUAUGACAGAUUUGUUCAAACCAAUUCUACCGGGCCAGGCUAGCCUCCGAAGCCGUGAUAGUUCUACUACUGUUGGGAAUGUCACCGUCGAUCUAGUAGACUCGCUUUCAUCCUUUGAGGACUAUAUCAAAAACAACAGGAGGAUUAUUACACCCGCGGGCAUGUGGCUUGGCGACUCUAACUCAGUCCCGACGUUGGCUUUCAAGGCCGACAACUUUUCCAUGUACUCUUCGGUCUUGGGUCAAAAUUUUCUCAACACGAUGCUCGCCAAUAUUACCAUUGCAACGGAAUACAAAGCGUUUGACUAUCCCGUCGCUCCUUCAACCGGCAGAGGACUCCAGCUUGUGAUCUAUUUUUCUGUUGCUUUCUCAAUUUUCCCGGGCCUCCUUGGUCUUUAUCCGAAUUCGGAGAGGCUCAAGAAUGUUCGCAGCUUGCAAUACUCGAGCGGUGUUCGUACUCUACCGGUUUGGGUUGCGCAUGUCAUCUUCGACUUUGGCAUAAUGAUAGUGCCUAUGAUCCUAACUGCCAUGAUAUUUGUCGUAUCAUCGAAUUCAUGGUAUAAUGGAGGCUAUCUAUUUCCUAUUUUCAUCUUUUACGCUCUUACAACAAUCAUUAUUUCCUAUCUCUUUUCUCUCAUUUGCGCCAGUGCAAUGGCAACUUACGCAAUGACUUCUGUCGUGCAUUCACUAGGCUUUGCAAUCUACAUAAUUACAUACUUAUUUAUCCUUACCUAUUCUCCUGCGGCAAAUACCGAUCGAGACACUCUCAUCGCACAUUGGGUCAUUGCCGCCAUCUUCCCCACGGGUUCAUUAAUUCGCACGGCGAUGGUUGGUCAAAACAUCUUUUCGACUACAUGCGACAACGACAUACUUCGGCCUAAUCCUGCGGCAAUGACUGCAUACGGUGGUCCUUUACUCUAUCUCAUUUUGCAAUCCAUCUUUUGGUUCUCCAUAGUAGUCUGGAUCGAGAGCGGCGCUGGUCGAUAUGCCUCUGAGAAGGCCAAGAAGUCUCCCGAGGUUGACGAUCCAGAAGUCGCAGACGAACUGCUCCGUGUCGAUGGCCUAGAUGGCCAGUCUGACGGCCUUCGCAUCGCGCAUCUGACCAAGGCUUUUGGCAAGAAUACUGCUGUCGAUAAUGUCACCUUUGGAGUUGAACACGGCGAAGUGUUUGCUCUCCUUGGUCCCAACGGCGCUGGUAAAUCGACCACAAUCUCUCUGAUCCGAGGCGACAUUGCACCAAGCCGUAACGGGGGCGAUGUGUUCAUCGAAAACAUCUCCGUCACCAAACGCCGUGCCGCUGCCAGAGCAAAUCUCGGCGUGUGCCCCCAGUUCGACGCCAUCGACAACAUGACGGUCAGCGAGCACCUCCGCCACUACUCUCGCCUUCGGGGCAUCUCUGAUAUCGACCACCAAGUCCCCGCCGUCAUCCGCGCCGUCGGGCUGGAAGCUUAUGCAGACGUUAUGGCACAUACUCUCUCAGGGGGCAACAAGCGCAAGCUCUCUCUCGGCAUCGCCCUCACCGGAAACCCGCCCGUAAUCCUCCUCGACGAACCGUCCUCAGGUCUCGACGCGGCAGCCAAGCGCAUCAUGUGGCGCACUCUCGAGAGCAUCGUCCCAGGUCGUUCCAUCCUUCUCACCACGCACAGCAUGGAAGAAGCUGACGCGCUGGCCAAUCGCGCUGGCAUCAUGGCUCGCCGCAUGCUCGCCCUCGGGACGACGGAGAAGCUCCGUCACCGCUUCGGAGAUACUAUGCACGUCCACCUCGUCACCAAAACUGCGCCUCAUUCUACUCCAGAGGAGAUGGACAACCUUCGUGCGUGGGUGCUGAAUAACUUCCCCGGAGCAUCCGUCGAGCAGGAGACGUAUCAUGGACAGAUGCGCUUCUCGAUGCCUUCGUCCGCGGUGCCGAUGCAAGGCGGGGCAGCGACUACUAGUGAAAGCGCCAGGGGAAGACUGCUUAUCAUGUUGGAGGAACAGAAGGAGUAUUUGGGCAUUGCGCACCAUAGCGUUAGUCCUACGACACUGAACGAAGUGUUCCUGAAUAUUGUUGGGAAGCAUGAUGUUCAAGAAGAAGGGUAUAAUAACAGAGCAGACGAAGGAGCGAAAAAGCCCUGGUGGAAGUCAAAGUACAUUUGGGGAUUUGAGAUGUCUUGA